AAGCAACUAUCCAUUCGUCGAUUUCAUCCGUUUCAGUUUCCACGUUAGCUUGUCCACUUGUAGUAAAGUGAAAAACGCGCCUUAUCGUAAUAUAACUGAUAUCAGCGCCGAUAUCAGGAUUCGCUGCCUGAGGCGAGGCUCAGUGUCUUUGGAUCACCUGAAUAAAUCUAGACACUUCUGACACAGUAACAAUACUAGACAUUUCUGUACAUCCAUCCUGGAGUUAUUCAAAAUGCUGAAAGAGCGCAAACGUCUUUUCGGUUUCGUAAGAUUGAACGUUCUCGGGUGUCUUUUAUUGUUGCUGGCGAGUGGAAUAUCCGCUCAAUGCGAGGACCAAUCUGUCGAAGACGCGUACGAAUUGACACAUGAAGUGCAGACAUGGGAAACCGCAAAUAUGGAUAUGGAGGGCCUGAACGAAGAUUCGGAUUCACCAGAGGCGGAAAGGUACGUACCUAGUUCGUCCGACUCGGUUCAGAACUAUGCCAUAACUGAACAGCGAUUAAAGGACAUCCGGUCGGAGUUCAUGUAUUGGUACUCCGACAAAGGUGGAGACUACAAUUUAGGCGAUUACCUGAAAGAGAUCAAGCCGUCAAUGUCUCAGAUACAUAAGAAUCUCAACUUUGAGAUGCCGUUCUUUGGAUCCACGUACAAUUACACCAGAGUAUCUAUGAAUGGUUACUUAGAAUUCAGCGAUCCUCCAGAGCACUACACUUAUCCACUGAAGUUCCCAGUACCAGGCUGGCCGAAGAGGAACGAUCCCAGUUUCAUAGGAAUAUUCUACAGCAAAUGUCGUAUAGGCGAAGUACGAAGUAGCGAUAUAGACAGACGAAUGCCAGGUAUCUACUUCAGGCUCGAACGAGAUCUGCAAUCGAGGAAUGACCAAUUCGGUGUGGAAAUGCGAGAACGUUUGACGUGGGACAUCCGUGAGGGCAUCGCUGAUUCCGAAUCUUUCGAACCAAAACACGCUGCCGUAAUCACUUGGAAGAACAUAUCAUUCGCUGGUGGAAUCGAUCUUUCUCUUUACAAAACAAACACCUUCCAAAUGGUUCUUGCUACCGACGAAGUGUCAACUUAUGCGAUCUUCAACUACUUGGACAUUCAGUGGACCAGUCAUACCGAGGCUGGUGGCGAUGUUGUUCUCGGAUUAGGCGGCAUUUCGGCUUUUGUCGGCUUCAAUGCCGGCAACGGCAUCCAAAGCUACGAAUACAAACCCUACUCCCAAGAGCCAAGGAUUUGCGAUCUAACACGCAGCGGCUGGGCAAAUGGCUUCCCUGGACGUCACCUAUUCAAGAUUGAUGGAAAGAUUAUUCAGAACUAAGAUAUCAGUAAUGGUCAGAUUUCUAAUGAACAAUUAACACCUUAAAUGUAAAUGUCAAGUUUCGUCCGUAAACAUCUUUUAUACCAAACUCAAAUUUAACGGACGACCCCCGCUGCAUAUUUAAAUGUUUAAAAAGCGUAUAAAUUUCUUCGCACUGUUAACAAAACAAUCAUUGUAAUAUUUACAAAUUCUGUUGUCUCUUAUCUAUUUAAAAUUGUGUAAUUAUAGUUAACACGAAUUAUUAGAAAAUAAACAAUAUUAAAAA